AUGCCGGAUAACGAUCCAAAUGGCGCCGCCGGGAACUGCAUGCCAAAAGUGGCGGCGACGCUAGCUCCUCCCGAGCCCGCCUCCUCAUCAUCAGGUUCAACCUCAGCAAGCACCAAGGUCCGCCAACGCCGGCCUUCCUUCACCGAGAGCGCCACGGCCGCAGCUGAGUCCCUCCUGCACACGGCCGAGGCCACCGUCGAGGCAACGCUGCACCAGAUCGGCAACCUGCUCUGGUCCUGGGACGACCUGCCAGCCUGGCGGCGCGACAACCACUUCAUCCGUUCUGGCUACCGGCCCACGUCCUACAGCGUGCGUGCGUGCCUGGCCAGCCUGGGCUAUUUGCACAACGAGUCGGUCAAUAUUUGGACCCAUCUGCUCGGGUCUGCUGCAUUUUUGCUCGGCGGACUGCUACUAUAUGCUCUGGUGGCGCCUCGGUAUGCGAGCGCCAGUGACUCGGAUGUGCUGGUGUUUGCAUGCUUCCUGGGAGGAGCCUUCGUGUGCCUGGGCAUGAGUGCGACGUUCCAUACGCUCAGCAACCACUCGCCCGAGGUGGCAAUGUGGGGGAAUAAGCUAGAUUACACUGGAAUUGUGUUCCUGAUUGUGGGAAGCUAUGUACCUGCCUUGUAUUAUGGUUUCUUUUGCCACGAGUAUCUGAUGACCUUCUACCUGGCGACUAUUGCUCUCCUUGGAUUCGGUUGCUUGGUCGUAUCGUGGUUUGAACACUUCCGCACACCGGAGUGGCGCGUCUAUCGGACCCUCAUGUUUGUUGGCCUCGGCCUGUCUGGUGUCGUACCAAUCUUCCACGCCUUCGAAUUCUACAGCUACAGUGAGCUGAACGAGCGGAUGGGCCUGAACUGGGUUAUACUGCAAGGCGCCCUCUACAUCUUCGGGGCCUUUCUGUAUGCUGUCCGGUGGCCGGAAUGCAAGUAUCCCGGUACCUUCGAUAUCUGGGGUAGCUCUCAUCAGAUCUUUCAUGUUUUCGUCAUCCUUGCUGCCGCCGCGCACCUGAAUGGCAUGGCUAAGGCUUUUGACUAUCAUCACAGUGUCCUUGGGCUCCAGUGUUAA